GCUGUGUCCAGCGGAUCCGCUGGGGUGGGAAGCGGCGCUGUAGUUCCAGGUGCCUUCGGCGAAAUGGCCGCUAAAAAGUUGGGGACUAGGUUGGAGAUUGAGAUCGAGCGGUGCCGGAAUGAAUGUCUGUGGGAAAAGAUCCCGGAGCUCGUUAAACAAAUGUCGGCUAAACUCAUCGGAAACGAUGACCUGGCAGAGCUGCUACUUGGAGAGUCAAAGUUGGAGCUGUACCUGAAAGACAAUCCAAUCAAACAGGGAGUCACUCCUCCAGAUGCCAAGCCAAAGCUAAGCGAGGUGAAGAAGCAUUUGAUAGGUGCACUCGAUAGAGGCAAUUUAAAGCAAGAUUUUGCGCAGGAAACCAACUUGAUUUUGGCCAAGUGUUACUACGUGGAGGGUGACCACACCCGAGCUCUCCACCUGUAUUCCAAGGUCGAUCUGGAAAAGUUGCAGUUGGUGGGAGUGCCUGUCUACAGACUGAGGAUCAUUGCUGAAUCCUAUGCUACAAAAGGUUUGUGUCUGGAGAAACUAGUAAUGGCAGCAUCGCCACGAAAUGAUGUGCAGCCUGAUACCGAACAAGAAAUAAUUACAUGUUAUGAAAAGGCUGGUGACAUAGCUCUGCUUUACUUACAAGAAACUGAAAGGGUAUUGAAUACGAAUAUCCAGAACAGGAGUCCAAAGCCUGGUUCAGCAUUCCAAGAACAGGAAUUGGGGUUCUUCCUUGAAACAGGACUUCAAAGAGCACACGUCAUUUAUUUCAAAAAUGGAAACUUAACAAGAGGGGUUACUCGCUUUCGAGAAAUUUUGAGGGCUGUGGAAACGAGGACCACACAGAAUUUGCGGAUGACAAUUGCCAGACAACUGGCGGAAAUACUAUUACGAGGAAUGUGUGAGCAGAGCUACUGGAAUCCACUGGAAGAUCCUCCACAGCAUUCGAUACUGGAUGACCCGCUACACGUGAGCUCUAAUGCCAAGAAUUAUGCACUAAGCAGGAGGCCAAAAGUGUAUGCUGGAGAUAGCAUUUUCUGUCCUCAAGAAAACACAGAAGAAGCUCUUCUACUGUUGCUCAUUAGUGAAUCUAUGGCUAACAGGGAUGCAGUGCUUAGCCGGAUCCCAGAACACAACAACGAUCGCAUUAUUAGUUUACAGAGUGCCUCCAUUGUCUACGAUCUUCUAACAAUAGCCCUGGGAAGACGUGGUCAAUAUGAAAUGCUGUCUGAGUGCUUGGAACGAGCCAUGAAGUUUACAUUUGAGGAAUUUCACCUUUGGUACCAGUUUGCAUUGUCCUUGAUGGCUGCUGGCAAGUCUGCCCGGGCAGUGAGGGUGCUGAGAGAAUGUAUAAGGCUGAAACCGGAUGAUCCCACAAUACCACUCCUUGCUACAAAGUUGUGCAUCGGAUCUCUUCACUGGUUGGGAGAGGGUGAGCAUUUUGCUAAGAUGGUAACAGAGAUGAAUGAAAAAGAUCCUGAAUUUCGAGCCAAAGGUUUCUUAGCUCUUGGCUUGACCUAUAGUCUCCAGGCCACAGAUGCUACAUUGAGAGGAAUGCAAGAGGACCUCCAGAAAAAAGCACUUGGAGCAUUUCAAAGAGCUCAUGGGUUGUGUCCAACUGAUCACCAGGCUGCUUUCUAUCUGGCUCUUCAGCUCGCUAUAUCAAGGCAGAUCCCAGAAGCGCUGGGUUACGUUCGACAAGCUUUGCAACUGCAGGGAGAUGAUGUCAACUCCCUGCACCUACUGGCAUUGCUUCUUUCAGCACAGAAGCACUAUCAUGAUGCUGUAAACAUUAUCGACAUGGCACUGAGUGAAUAUCCUGAGCACUUUGUAUUGCUGUUCACUAAAGUAAAACUGGAAUCGAUGUGUAGGGGUCCUGAUGAAGCUUUGCUCACCUGCAAGCACAUGCUUCAGAUCUGGAAGUCAUGCUACAAACUAACAAACCCCAGUGAUUCAGGGAGAGGAAGCAGCCUGCUGGACAGAGUCAUAGCUGACAGGAGGAAUCUGAACACCAUCUCUCUACCUGACUUCAGUGAUCCUGAGACAGGUUCAGUGCAUGCCACAUCGAUCGCAGCUUCAAGAGUGGAGCAAGCACUGUCUGAGGUGGCCUCAUCCUUGCAGAGCAGUAUGCCAAGGCAGGGACCGAUGCACCCUUGGAUGACCCUGGCACAGAUCUGGUUGCAUGCAGCUGAAGUAUACAUUGGAAUGGGAAAGCCUACAGAGGCCACAGCAUGCAUCCAGGAGGCAGCUAACCUCUUCCCCACAUCUCACAAUGUAUUGUUCAUGCGUGGUCAAGUUGCAGAGCUCAGAGGGAAUAUUGAUGAAGCCAAGCGCUGGUAUGAAGAGGCUCUGUCGAUCAGCCCCACUCAUGUCAAGACAAUGCAAAGACUGGGGCUGGUCCUUCAGCAGCUGGGCCGAUACAGCCUGGCUGAGAAGAUCCUCCGUGAUGCUGUGCAGGUCAAUUCCACCGCCCACGAAGUAUGGAACAACCUGGGGGAGGUACUGCAGGCCCAAGGUGACGACGAUGCUGCAACUGAAUGUUUCCUCACUGCGCUGGAGCUAGAAGCCAGCAGCCCUAUUGUCCCCUUCACCAUUAUCCCCAGGAUACUCUGAGCCAAAGUGUCUGCUUCCAGUGGGGGUAUCAGUCAUGCUUUACUGUGGGUCAAGGCAUUCCAGGGGUAAAUGUAUUUGAUCUUUAACCCACCCCUGCCUCAAGCAAUCCUUGUCCUUUUUAUUUUGUUCCAGAUUUCAGCCACUGAGCUCCAGCACAGAUAAUAGGUUCAGCAUGCCAUUUGGUACCGCAGCUGAAGUUCCCUCAUCAUGUUGCUGGAAGGGUGUUUGACCAGCCCAUGGUCCAAGAGAUUAUUGCACCUGAGUAUGUGGCCCCUUCUUCAUUUGAUGAUUCUCUCUGCACAAUUACAGUCAUUGUUUUGUUUUUGAUCUCUUUACCCAGCUGCCCCAAACCCCGGGGGAAAUCAGAUACAAGCAUGAGACCCUUCCUGCUUGUAUGCUGCAAUGCCUCCCUCCCCGGGAGCUUUACUUUAUCAUCUACCUCUUCCUUUCCCCAGUCUCGCAACCAGCUCCGUCAGUAUGGAGACAGACCUCUAGCUCCUGGAGUUGUAGGCUUAUCAUCAUGUAGGGGUUUAACAGCAUCUCAGAGUUUGCCGUCUAACUUUGGCGCUGAAUCUCUGCCAGGGCCUAGUUAAGAUAACAAAGCACAAUGGUGCAGUAGAGAUUUUCUGCAAGAAAUAGGCUGUUUAACCAGGUGAAGAAUAUUUGCACACAGAACAUAAUUGGGGAACUUCUGUCCACACUCCCUGCAUAGCUCAGAGACUUAGAGCCUGAAACAACCUCAUCUCAAGAGUCGGUCCUUCACCCUGUUCAUUUCUGCAUAUAUCUCAAUUCUCUCAGAUCUUGGGAUCCACAUUUAAGAUUUGCCCAAAAAUAAGGUAACAGUGCCCAUCACAGCCCUUUCCAAACCUCCAAGAUGAUAACAUUCAAUUGGGACACAUGAAUGAAUGAGAACGAUCAGGACACAUAGCCUGUGGCUGAACCCGUGCUGUGCCCAAGCUGAUGGUGCAGUAUGUUUUGAUUUGAUGUCAGGAUGAAUAAAUCGUCAGUUUCCUAGCAGCUACCUCCCAUAGACAGUCUCUAAGAAAAUGCUAUUUAAAGUAAAUUUAAAGUAACAGCUGCUCCAUUUAAAUAAUCUGCAGUCCUCUCCCUACUGAAGCAUUUAUACUGAGGUUCCCUCUUUGCUGUAAUAUUCACCCUACUUCAUAUCUUCCAUCCAAUUGUUACAGAUUUACUGUCUCUUUUAAGAUUUGCACGGUAAAAUGCAAUUAAGAAUGUUGUCAAUCUUUAUAUCUGAAUCCUAUAUAUUUAUGUAAGGCAAUGUAAGUAUGUUAUAUUUAUAUAUUUGGAUUUUAUUCAAUAAGAGGUGACUAGUAACUGGUGUAACUCUAAAUCGCUGAGCUUUAAACAUUAGAAUGCUUCCUACAUUGGACUUAAUUUCCAGUGUUUGAAUACUGUUGUUUCACCUUUGAACUCUACAUUGCAUUAAAACUGUGGGACCAUGUAGCGGAAAGGAUAAACCAGUGAUAGAUGAAUCACUAGAUUAGUGUAUUUUAAAGAAACAGAAUCCUACACAGAUUAAUUAUCUCAGAGUUAUAUUAUUCCAGUACACAGUAAUUGCGCUGUUAAAUGGAUAAAUCCUUAUUUAUAUUGGACUAUAGAAGUUGAAUGCUUUUCAACGAAAGGAAAUACCUGAUAGUUUUCAGCAUGUGGAGUCUGGUAUUAUCACUGGUCCUGUGUCAGUUGUCAAUCAUUGCCUAUAAUCACAUUGCAGGCUGUCUUUCCUUGGUGUUUUCUGGUGAGUAGUGCUUUGCUGUCAAAGGAUGCCUCUUCCCUUUACAGUUGAAAUUGGAAGCACUUGUUCUGACACAGUCUCCCUUCCUCUCUGAGCAGAUUUGCUGUAUGUUGUCUCUCAAGCCAGAGGGCCUGCCCCUGAGAUCAUCUUUGGUGAUGCCAUCAGUCACUCAAGCCAUUAUGCACAUCAGAACAUCAUGUGUGUCAGUAGUUUUCAGACUUUGUGCAGAUAUUUCCCCUCUGUGUCCUCCCAAAAUACUGACAUUGUCAUAAAUGCUAAUCCAAAAUUUUGGGGAUUACCAGUUGUGACAGCCACACUCCCAGCAAACACCUUGAUCCACUCCUUACGACACCCACACACAUCAAGCUCUGUGAUAUGCUCCCAGUGACAAAUAUACGGUCCCAAAUCUGGGAAUCAAGAACAAAUAUAGAAACACCCCUGAGGUCCCCCACAACCUCAGCCCAAUGAUUACACGUGCCCAAGAACUGACAUUAACUGUGGAACCAUUCCCAGGAGGCCCUGGUGAACACUAAGUAUUGAAACAAGUCACCUUUGAACCUGCCUGUACAGGUAAAGAGAAUGAAUAUCAAUGAUAAUUCUGUAAAACGUUCAUAAAAACGAAUUUUCUUUUACUUCCUCUUCAUCUGAGGCAUGGCCUCCUCACCGAUACAAUAUCGUCCAACUCACACAUCCAUGACUUGUCUGGUAUACCCACCACCCCUUGCACAAGUAUCCAACAUCCCCUUCCCCUGUGUCUGCCACCCCCUUGCCCUGUAUCCACCACCCCACUCCCCUGUGUCUGUAACCCCCUUCCCCUGUGCCUGCCCCUCCCUCCGCUGUGUCUGCCCCCCCCCCUUUCCCAGUAUCCGUCUUCCCCUGUGUCUGCCACCCCCCUGUCUCCGCCACACCCUUCCUUAGUAUCCAUCCUCCCGUGUUUCUGCACUCCCUUCCCAUAUUUCUUUCAAUAUUUAACCUAUGCAUCACUCCUGCACAAACACUUUACUCCCUUUAAGCCUGAACUUUGUGCUACAGCAGCACAAGCUAAUAUUCAGGGAAAAAGAUUUUUAAAAUUGUGUUUCAAAAGAGAAAGGAAUGCUAACAUUUAAAUUUAAACAGCUGUGAAAGAAUGCCCCUGGAAUAAGUCACCGUUCAGGUCUGUAUUCCUCAACACAUUGCCAUCUGCAGAUAAGAUGUCCAGCCAAGAAGGCCCCUCUACAUACCCGUGAACUGUGUCUCGGCCUAUUAAAGAGAAACAUUAGAAACAGCUUUUGAAGUUAUGCACAUGCACAUUCCUGCUCAGAAUUCCCUGUGAAUGUAAAUGCUAUUUAUUUGAUCGCUUUACUGGCCAAGCAUCUGAAAACCACUCUGGCACAAACCAUAGGAUGAUUGAUCUUCAUUAGGUUUCGAACUGAUGAGGCUGUCAGUCAGCACUGAACUGUGCAAUGGAAUGUGCAAGAUGUUUGAACAGUAUUCAAACCAAGUACCAAGAGAUUUCUCUCAGAAAUUCAACCUGGUGCAAUGUAAUUUACGCUUAAAAUUGAGCCCUUCUUUCCAUCAUUGGAUAUAGCUGCACAGUCCAGAUGGGUAAAGGAAAUAUAUAUUAUUACGAGCCAAGUUCCACAUCUUUGUGGUCUGUGUAGUGUUUCGAGUCGGUGUGUUAAUCAAUACUGAUAUCUCUCUGGGAUUGUAAAAUGUUGCAGUAUCCAGUGGAGCACAAUAGCCACUCUGUUACUGCCUUUGACCAAAUCUGUAGCCAUACCCCAGUGACACACAGUCAACCAGAUAGUCACAUGGUAGUUUAUGUUCACUCUCUUCAAUCAUAAUCUGUCCCUCUCCCCCAACUUCCUCCAGUUGGGAUUUCAGUACGUUGCACCAGUUUGAAUCUCUGGUCAGCAGUGGGUGAUAAAUCUACAGUGGACCUCCAUU